AUGCGGGAUCCCGAUAGCGUCGGUCUGUGGACACAGGCGCUCCAACUUCUCGAGGAGAAUCUCGGCGAUGAUGCGACAAAACCAUCCUGGAAACAAUUCAAGGAGUCCAGCCAUUCCAUUGGACUCAAAACCAUUGAGUCAAGCCUCAAGAGUGCUGAGGUUUCAAUUCAGAAGGAUCACCCGGAGCACUCAAUCAGCAAGCUCAGGUGGAACACCGGGAGCAUCUUGAGACAUCUAAGAGUUGUCUUUCAAGUCGGAGACGAAGCAAUGAAAUACGCACCUGAGACAGCAUGCAUCGUUUGGAGUACUUUCAGUAUGGUGUUCAAGUGCAUUUCAGCCGAAGUUGACCUCUGCGACACCAUCAUGUCCACGUCAGAGCGCGUCACGCAUUGGAUCUUUGUCGGUGAGCUCUACGCGAAACACUAUCAACCAAAUUCUACGGGCAACGAUGAAAGGGCCUACGCUGGAUGCGCUCCCGAAUCCCAGGAGCGCAUAUUAAAGAAUAUCGUGCAAAUAUUUUCUGUGGUCCUUCGAUUCUGUUAUGAACUCAAACAACUCGAUCUCUCCGACGACACGCCUGAAGUUCUUGAGCCGGAAGCCAAACCCAGCAGGUGGUCGGGUAAGAGGCUGAUAGAUCGUGGCGAGCGCAUGGUAAAGAAGAUGGGGAGGGGCCUCAAAGCAUUCUUUGGCAAGACCGAAGAUGUCCGAGGAUUUCUCAAAGAUGGAGAUGAUGCAUUAAGGGCCCUGGAGACGACAUCGGGAAUUGAUUGGAAAACCAUGGCCACCGAGGUGCUCAACAAAAUCAGCGACAACAUAACGGACAUCAAGAUGGACACACAAGGUCUCCGGAAAGACCUCGAAACAGUUAUGACCAAUAUCAAGGAGCUACGAGAGCAAAACAGCGCUCAGAUCAUGGAUGUGCGUGCUGACGUCACAUCAAUCAAAGAGAGGGUCGAAAAUUCAUCUCAGUACGUGGAAAUGAGGAAGUGGCUGCAAGAAACAACUGGGUUGGAACGGGAACAGCCCAUUCAGCAAUACGAGGAGAUUCAAGAAACGAUGCGUGAACAACAUUGCGUCUGGAUCCACGAUGACCCAAGCUAUUGCCAGUGGAUUAAGGGAAAUGACGGUGUCUGUUGGCUGUCUGGGAAAGCAGAAACCGGGAAAUCCUCUAUGACCGCGUAUGUCAUCGGACAGCUCCUCGCCAAGCCUAAAGAUGAGCUUCAAUUCACGGAUGAUCCCGGUCUGAAUGCCCUCAAGCAUGACUGUGCUGGGAUCCUCAAAGCCAUGAAGGAUGACUUGAGGGCACAAGGCCCGGACAAAGCCAAUCUGAAAUCCCGAGGCCGUCACAGCGUAGAUCCCAGAGGACAGGGCUCCACAACUUCCUUGGAUGUAACUUGGCAGUAUGCUCUCAAGGCUGCCUUUGUCAAGAUUCUCUCGGUUUUCCACAGAGCCUUUCCCAGAAGGAAAGUAUUCAUGCUUUUGGAUGCUUUGGACACUUGCAAACAAGGAGGAAUGGAGAGUCUCUGUGACAUCUUGAACAGCAUUGCCAUGGAUGGGGAAGCUAGUGGAGAUAUCAAAGUCUGGAUCACGAGCAGGAGUCCACCUCUAGGCAAGUUCCGAGAAGCGCUGAAGAUUGACCUCAGUAAAAGGUCCUCGGAACAUAUCAGCGACUACAUCGUGACCGAACUCCGUGCUCAAGAAGCAUGCGAGCUCUUCAUUCUUUCGAGCAUCAAAAGCGAUCCAAUAUCUCCAAAGCGCGGAGGCCAAGAAUGA